UCAAAGAUGGCGGAUGAGAAUGAGACAGCACCGAAGCCGGAGAAAGAAGAGGAGGUAGAAGAGGACCACGGACACUGCAGCGACUGUGAAAAUGAAGAGCAUCACUACAAUGAUGGUGACAAGAGCCCAGGGGACGACAGCGGUGCCAAGAAAAAAAAGAAGAAACAGAAGAAGAAAAAAGACAAAGCUGGAGGCAAAGAUUCGGCGCAGGACACGCUGCCCAAGGUGAAUUCGCUGCCAGCAGACAAGCUGCAGGAGAUCCAGAAGGCUAUCGAGCUGUUCUCUGUUGGCCAGGGUCCUGCCAAAACCAUGGAGGAGGCCAGCCGCCGUAGCUAUCAAUUCUGGGACACACAGCCUGUCCCCAAGCUAGGGGAGAUGGUGACGUCACAUGGCUGCAUAGAGCCCGACAAAGCCAACAUCCGCGAGGAACCCUACAGCCUCCCACAGGGCUUCUCUUGGGACGCCCUGGACUUGGGCGACCCGACCGUGCUGAAAGAGCUUUACACCCUUUUGAAUGAGAACUACGUGGAGGAUGAUGACAACAUGUUCCGCUUUGACUACUCCCCAGAGUUCCUCCUAUGGGCCCUGCGUCCUCCAGGCUGGCUGCCGCAGUGGCACUGUGGGGUGCGGGUGAACUCCAACCAGAAGCUGGUGGGCUUCAUCAGCGCCAUCCCGGCUAACAUACGCAUCUACGACAUAGAGAAGAAGAUGGUGGAGAUAAACUUCCUGUGCGUCCACAAGAAGCUGCGCUCCAAGCGAGUGGCGCCGGUCCUCAUCCGAGAGAUCACCAGACGGGUCAACCUGGAGGGAAUCUUCCAGGCUGUCUACACCGCGGGCGUGGUGCUGCCCAAGCCCGUUGGAACCUGCAGGUACUGGCACCGCUCUUUGAACCCACGCAAACUGAUCGAGGUGAAGUUCUCGCACCUGAGCCGGAACAUGACUAUGCAACGCACCAUGAAACUGUACCGCCUGCCUGAGACCCCAAAGACGGCAGGCCUGAGGCCAAUGACCCGGAAAGACGUGCCUGCGGUGCACAGGCUCUUCCAGGAGUACCUGCGGCAGUUCAACCUGGUGCCUGUCAUGAGCCUGGACGAGGUGGAGCACUGGCUCGUGCCCCAGGAGAACAUCAUCGACACCUACCUGGUGGAGAACUCUGAGGGUGUGGUGACGGACUUCCUCAGCUUCUACACCCUGCCCUCCACCAUCAUGAACCACCCGGUGCACCGCAGCCUGAAGGCGGCCUACUCCUUCUACAAUGUGCACACCACCACCCCCCUGCUGGACCUCAUGGGGGACGCCCUCAUCCUGGCCAAAUCGAAAGGGUUUGAUGUCUUCAAUGCUCUUGACCUGAUGGAGAACAAGACUUUCUUGGAGAAGCUCAAGUUUGGCAUUGGGGAUGGGAAUCUGCAGUAUUAUCUGUACAAUUGGAAGUGCCCCAGCAUGGGAUCUGAGAAGGUGGGCUUGGUACUGCAGUGAUGUACUUGUACCACCGCCAGAACAGGAGACGAUGCCACGCACUUAAUCACCUGGCUAAUGGAUUGAUGGACUUUCCUCUUCAGGAAAGAGAAACCCACCGCCCAUUUUUAAUUUUGACCUAUGACUUUGACCUGCACUGCUGCUGUCAGCCGGGGGGGGGGGAUGGGGUGUGGGCAGGGUAGGUUGCCCCCUUCAGUCCCUUCACCCCCCUCGCAUGGAGCUAAAGCCAUUGUAUUUUCCAUCCCAUACAACAGCAACUGAAGACUGAAACUAUUGAACCACCCACAUGCACGCACACACACACACACACACACACACACACACACACACACACACGCAACAGCUUUCACUACACACAAACAAGGGUAACUCACCACACAAGCAGAAACAAACACUUGUACAAGAGCCGAAACCAUUUUUUUCCAUAGUUGGAAAUGCUUUUGCAAAAUACUGUCCUCUUCCUCAGAGCAAGUUUUAGAAUAAAAAAUAAUCAAAACAAUAAAAAGAGAAAUAAAUACAUUAAAUAAAUAUCCAAAGUGGACACAAUACAAGGGCUUUUGUAAAUGUUUUCCUUUCAUUUCUUUACGAGGUCUUAACCCAUAUGCUCUCUGUCACUCCACUCCCAUUAACACAUGUGUUAGUCUGUGGCUGAAUGUAAAAGGAACAGAGGCCUUUUUCACUGAAUGGACGAAGGAGUGAACUUUUUUUUUCCCUUUUUUUCCCACCUGUGUCACUGAUUUCAUUGCCCAUCCAGAUGUUCUGUUUUCAAACCAGUUCAACCAGUAAAUGGACCUGGACCUGAAUAGACUGGUUGACACUGGUUUGGAAUGGGAAGGGAGGAGAGCGGGGUGGGGGCUGUGUUGUAGGAGGAGUUUUUAUGUGGGUAUUUGUGCUACUUAAGUAUGAGAGGGAUGAUUUGGUGGUUGGUGGGUGGGUGAGGGUAUAAGGGGUUGAGCAGUGAAUGCAGCAUACAGCAUGCUGAAAGUGUCUUUUUGUAAAAAAUAAGAAAAUGGAGGAUAAAGGAGUCAUCCAGGCUAAAGGGGAAAAGCAAAAGUGAAGUGCAGGGUCAUGUGUAAAAAAAUAAAAGCUUAGAAGUGCUGCGAGGUUUGGUUUGGUCUCUGCAUUCUAGAAUCCAUUCACAUUUAAUUGUAGUUAGCGUUACAGCAAAUCAAAAAUGCCUGAAAGACAGCUGGAUUAACACAUUGCUGGGCAUCUCACCUGGCAAUCUAAAUAGUGGAGCUGCACGUAUACUGUGGCUAUGUUCCAAAGUUAUCCCUGAAGCCCUUAAGCCUUCGGUGAGUGUUCAUACCCAUUGACAUGGUCUCCCCAAAGCUUUCCAGGACCUGUGAGAGGGAGGGGCAAAGGAACAGCAAACUCUGGAAUGCAUCUUCUAAGAAUCAUCAAAUGGCAGUGUUACUCUCAGCUUUACCAAAGUGUAGCACGUGACUAUGUACGCCUCCAGACUAAUUCAUUACUGUGUGUUUGAGUACUGUAGUUUUGCAGACGGUGAUCAUUUAGUUUUGUGUGGUGAUUGUGUAGUGUUCAUGUAGUUUUUUGUUUUUUUUCGUAAUUUAUUUAGCAGUAGAUACGAGUUCCUAGCUUCUACCCACAUUGGUUUGCUUUGUGUUCAAUUGAUAGUUGAUAAUUGUAGACUGUUGGCAAGUGUUAUGUGUGAUCAGUAUUUGUAUUUGUAUGAUUUAUAAAAAUGCAAAAUGGCAUGUGGGUGCAUUGUUUCCACCUCCUGUGUAGGAGGUUGAUCAGAAAUGAGUUCAGCAUUAGUUGUGUUAUGUUCCAGAGAUCCCUCCCCCAAAGUCAUGACUUUGCCAAGGUCGAGGUCUUAUUUGACCACAUUUGGGGGGUGUCAUUUCAAAUUCCCAAAGUAAGGGCUUAAGGGCAUGUGGGGUAACUUUUCCAGCUCUUGGUUCACAAAUUGGGGGGUGGCGGCAGGUGGAUAGGUAAAAUUAAGCACUGGUUGGAAUUACAGUGGACCUGGUCUCCUUUGGAUGUUGCUCCUGUAACCUUUCCUGUCCAUAUCUUUUGGAGACCACCUUGCAUUGAAUUGUAUGGACAGCUCGUCAAAUCUGUGUUACUGGUGUUGGACUUAUGCGAUUUUCAAAUGUAUACACAUCGCAAAGCAAUGUUACUGUAAUCAGAACUCUUUUGUGGGGGACAAACAAGCACUGUUGCAAUUAAAUAAAUGUU